CGUUAGCGGCCGUUGGGCGCCGUUAGCGGGCGUCGCGGCGGUGGCCCCUCAGCGGGUACCACACGGAGCCCUCCGCCUCUGGGCAGCCGCACGCCCUGCAGCUGUGGAAAAUGAGGGGCAGUGCCCGCCUCUGAGACAUGAAAGGAGGCUGCUCAAAGUAUUUUUUAUUUAUUUAUGUAUUUACUUAAUAGGCUGGCAAGGCGAAGCGAGCGAGGCUGCGCCUGACAAGGGAGAAGUGCCCUGUCAGCACGCAGGCUUUGAUGGCGCCACGACGCGUGUCAGCCCCCGCGCCCCCCAGCAGUGCGGAGCGGGGCAGUAAUGAGCGUUGGGGAGAAGAUCCUUGUGAAAUGUUAUGAGCGGGAAGGGGAAAAUGAGGGUGUGAUGUUGCAUCUAGGCCUUAUUAACGAGACGCCUGUCUCAGCUGAGGAGUUUCUGGUCUCUCUGCAGUUAUUGCUGCCUCACAAGGACGUUAAAGGUUUUAUUGUUAAAUGGCCGGUCUGCGUAUGGGGUGUCAGGACACCUCAACCCAGAUCUGCGGCGCCUCGCUCUGCUCGGCCUCCUUCAGGAGCUGCACAAAGGCUCCUUUCUCCUGUGCUGUGGUGGCAGCUGAGCACGGCACAGUUUCUCUGGCACACGUGCCGCAUCCCUUGCUGUUCCGUGCUGGCCCCACACAGGGCAGUCGGUGCUAGGUUUGACCUUUGGCCGAAGUGCAGUUUUUGCAAGUGUCUGCAGCUACGUCUUCAGAACAGAGAUCAGGUCCUGAGCAUGCCCCUCAACUGACAGCAGGGUAUUAUUUUUGAUACUGCUCUGGGGAAACAAAUGUGUGGAGAGAAAGCUGGCGGCGGCGCAGUCAGAGCUGCAUUGCCUUAGGACACCAGGCUACAACACCACCAGAGCUGAGCCUAUCUGGCGGUUUCUCGGCCUCCACCAGCAAAGUCAAACACCGCAGGAAAUGCCUUCAGCUCCGCAGGCGUCUCCAGCACCCCCACUCCGUGAUCAAAGCUUCCCCUCGUCUCCUUUUAUCACUGUGACAUGCUCGAGACUUCCUGCCUCCGCCGCUGCAGCGCAUGCCCAGAGCCACCUGCCAGCCCAGCGCACCUCCAGCUCCCCGCAGGAGCCCCUGGGGACUCCACGGGGGGGUCAGGCUGACGCACGCAGCUGGGCACACAGCUAGCCCCGGUGUACAAAUAGGGCGGGGAAGACGAGGCAUUUAUGAUACUCGCUGUGCAAAUACAAAAGAAACACCAGGGGAAGAAGAGGGCAAGCCCAUGUGCACAUCCCCAGCACUCCUCCAGCCUCCAGCUGCUUCCAGCUCCACGCCCUCCGGGGCUGGUUGUGUCUGGGAGGUAGAGCUGCCCCAGGAGAGGAGCUCAGGAGGAACCCAGACCAGAGGCUGAAGCAGGCCGCAGGCAGCAGCCCCUUCCCCGCCGCCGCCCGCCCGCAGGACGGAGGAGCCCCCCGCUCCCACCAUGUCGUCGGAGCCCGGCGCCCCGCCGGCAGUGCCGCCCCUGCACUCGCCCAAGUCCCCGGUGUGGCCCACCUUCCCCUUCCAGCGCGAGGGCAGCCGCGUCUGGGAGCGGGGCAACCUCCUGCUGCGGGACCUGCCCAGCCCGCUGCCCACCAAGAGGACCAGGACCUACUCCGCCACAGCGCGAGCCUCCGCUGGGCCCGUCUUCAAGGGCGUCUGCAAGCAGUUCUCGCGCUCCCAGGGCCACGGGUUCAUCACGCCGGAGAACGGCACAGAGGACAUCUUCGUCCACGUGUCUGACAUCGAGGGGGAGUACGUCCCGGUGGAGGGGGACGAGGUGACGUACAAGGUGUGCCCCAUCCCUCCCAAGAACCAGAAGUUCCAGGCGGUGGAGGUGGUGCUCACCAACCUGGCGCCCCACACGAAGCACGAGACGUGGUCCGGCCAGAUCAUCGGCUCCUAGGCGCCCGGGGGGGCCCCACGGCCGCUUGCAGGGGGCGCGGGGGGAGCCGAGCCGGCGGCGGGGCCGGGGCCGCCCCCCAGCACGCAGGCGUCUGCGUUCGGUGUCUUUUCUAAGGUUAGGGUUUCCUUUCUCUUUGUGUGUUUGUAGCUGUCUUUCGAAGGGGACGGGGAAAGCGGAGCCCUCCCUGCAGCCCCCCCAGCUCCGGGGGCAGCCCCGAGCCCCACAUCCCCGUCCUUACAGCGUGUCACUGUGCUGGGAAGGGGCGGCCGAGCCCCUUCUUGACCCCGUUCCCCUCACUGGGCUUCAGCUAUGCGGCUCCUUCGGGAGAAGGGCCACCCGAUCCCACCCCAGUUUUCCGGUGUGUGUUUCUGUCACUGCCAGCUCGGGCCGUGGAGAAGGGGGUGUCGGGAGAAGCGGGCUCUGCCCCAACACAGGGCUGGGGGUGAGCACUGGUUUGGUUUCCUUUCCCCUCCCUGGUGCCCCAGCUUUGGGGGCCGGGUGUGCAGGGCCAGCGGGAUGCAGCCAAGGAGAGCAUCACCAGGCAGCACCGUGCUGCCCCGAAACGGCGACACGGUGGGUCCCGGCUGAACCCCCCCUCCCCAGUUAAACCUUUGUUCAGUCAAGCCACUUCAAUACUAUAGUUUAAAAGAAAAAAGGGUGGCUUAACGGAAGAAAAAAGGAGUUUUAAGGGACAAACGCCCGCUGGCAGGGCCCCGUGGUGCUCAGCGCUGUCUUUCCUGUGUGCCACGGAGGGGCCGGCGACGCACUGCCCUCGGGCCGGAGCUGGCUCUGGGGAGACGGCUUCCUCCUCCUCCCCCUCCCCGUGUCACCCCAACCCUGCGGGGACCCCCAUCGUCCCGUGUGUGCCUGUGUGUGUGUGUGUGUGUGUGGGCGUCCGUAGCUUGCCGUGGGGCUGAAGGGUUUUUAGGUGGCCACGGGGCGAACACGGGCGCGCCUUCAUCUGGGCACGCCCUGCGCCAGCGCCUCGGUGUAGACAGGGUCUGGUACAUAAAGCACAAACCCCUUGUGGUCCCUGGCCAGGUGGGCUGCUGCUGCCCGGGGGGAACAAGCACCGGGGGCUGCAGGACCCGGCUGCGCUGGCCACGACAAACUCUUUGAUUAUUUUUAUUAUUAUUCUUUUUUUUUUUUUUUUUUUUUCCCCUCCAAAAUAAACGACAACCCUAGACUCGUUGGUGUUUUUACAACUCUGGUGUGGUUCCCGCCUGUCUGACCUUGUGUCAACCUUUGUAACAUUGGCAAUAAACCAUUAAAAGUGACUUUCCCUUGA